AAGUUGGGUUCACAACGAAGGAAAAAAAAACCAAAAAGGAAAAUAAAAACAUGCAGAAGCUUAAACAUGGUAUUCUGUUCAUGUCGUUUUCCAGUUUUGACCCUCGAAAAUCACUUAAUUUCCACACUUAUGACACCAAAAACACGAUAAGCACUUGAGAGGGAGAGAGAGGGAGAGAGAGAGAGGGAGAGAGAGGAUUGCUGGGUUUUCUUUUUCUUGGUGUUUUUUUUUUCAUGGAGGCGAGCUUCGAAGUUGAAGCCGUGAUCGAGUUCUUGAGGGAAAAUGGCUUGAAAGAAGCCGUGAAAGCUCUAGAACAAGACGUGAUGGAGAAAAACGAAGAAGAAGAAAAGGUGUGUGCUUUUGAUUUCGAGAAGCUCUUGUUCCCGAUGCCGCCGCCGGUGAGGAUUACGGCGAUAAUCCGGCGAUCGGAGGAGGACGAGCGAGUGAAGUCCAGUGAUGUGUCGGGCUCCGAUGGCGAUGAAUUCGUCAGCUUGAGGUCUUCUUCUAGUGAUGUUUGCUCUUCGGACUUUGUGAAUCCAUAUGGACUUCAUUCUGCAUCUCAGGCUGAUUCCGAUACUUCCUCGGAUAGAUUAUCUCAGUUUAGGACGGCACGCGAGUAUCCGGAUUUCGAAAUGCAGAACGACUUGUUUUGGCAUGAGGACAAAGAUGAAGACCACUUCUUGACGCCCUGCUUCGCUGGGUCAGAUUUCUACAGUAUCCCAAGUCGGGAUAAGUUUGUCACAACGUCAGUGACAGAGAUGCAACGUGAUAAUAGACUGAUUUCAUAUGACAAAUCCGAUGGAUCUCGAACCGAAGAUGGCAUUGAUUACUUGGACAAGCCUUGCCUUUUUAAUAUGACCAGCACAAAUGGAGAAGACCAGGCUCGAAUUAUGGAUUAUUAUCAUUUUGAUAAAUGUAAUGGGCUUGAAGGUGACAUUUCGACUGUAAUGAAGUUGAAGAUGGAGAACUCGGUGAACUUGAGGCUACUGCAAAUGAAGAGGGUGAUGCUACUGAUGAACUUCAAAUGUACUCUAAUGAGGAUGAAUACGAAGUAUUCGAUUAAUGUGACGGAAUACCUCGGUUCGGCUGCUUUUAGUAAGGUUGUUCGAGCGCAUGAUCUUCUCAUGGGGAUCGAUGUGUGCCUGAAGAUCGUUAAAAACGACAAAUAUUUUGUAGACCAGAGUUUGGAUGAAAUUAAGCUUCUAAAGCUUGUUAAUAAGCAUGAUCCCGGAGAUAAGCACCACAUUUUGCGUCUCUUCGAUUAUUUCUAUCACCGGGAGCACCUGUUCAUUGUCUGUGAACUGCUUCGAGCAAACUUGUAUGAAUUUCAAAAAUUCAAUCAAGAAUCGGGUGGAGAAGCUUAUUUUACACUCGGCAGGUUGCAGAUCAUAGCUCGUCAGUGUUUGGAGGCACUCGAUUACUUGCAUGAGUUGGGAAUUAUUCACCGCGAUCUGAAGCCGGAGAAUAUUCUUAUCAAAAGUUAUACGAAAUGUGAGAUAAAGAUUAUUGAUCUUGGAAGCAGUUGUUUCCGGACCGACAAUUCGUGUCUGUAUGUUCAAUCUCGCUCCUAUAGAGCCCCAGAAGUCAUCCUUGGCCUGCCAUAUGACCAGAAGGUUGACCUUUGGUCUCUCGGAUGUAUCCUUGCCGAGAUAUGUUCUGGGGAAGUGCUGUUCCCAAAUGAUGCAGUCGUGAUGAUCCUCACGCGGAUGGUUGGAAUGCUCGGUCCUUUCGAUACGGAGAUGUUGGAGAACGGGCAAGAGACAUACAAGUAUUUCACAAAAGAAUACGAUUUGUACCAUAUAAACGAGGAGACGGACCAACUCGAAUACAUCUUUUCCAAGGAGUCUUCGUUGGAGCAGCAUCUUCAAGUAUGUGAUGCGCCGGAGGAACGACGCUUUCUGUGA